GCUCGCGCGCGCCGAGGAAAACGUUGCGCAGGUUCAAAAAUGGAACGUCGGCGGCGUGAGGGAGCGCGAGGGGGUGUGCGCGCGUGCGCGUGCGCGUGCGCGCCCGGGCGAGGGUGACGGGGUCCCCGCUGGCCCGAGCAUCGCGCGCCGCAGACGCGGCCCCGCAGCUCCGCCCCCGGCCCGGCCCGGCCAGGCCCCGGGCCCGCUCGCCCGCCGCCCCACAUGGAGCUGUCAGCCAUCGGCGAGCAGGUGUUCGCCGUAGAGAGCAUCCGGAAGAAGCGCGUGCGGAAGGGUAAAGUCGAAUAUCUGGUGAAGUGGAAAGGAUGGCCCCCAAAGUACAGCACGUGGGAGCCGGAGGAGCACAUCCUGGACCCCCGCCUGGUCAUGGCCUAUGAGGAGAAGGAGGAGAGAGACCGAGCGUCGGGUUAUAGGAAGAGAGGCCCGAAACCCAAGCGGCUUCUGCUGCAGCGGCUGUACAGCAUGGACCUGCGGAGCUCCCACAAGGCCAAGGGCAAGGAGAAGCUCUGCUUCUCCCUGGCGCGCCCACUCGGCAGCGGGAGCCCUGAGGGGGUGGUCAAGGCGGGGGCGCCCGAGCUGGCGGACAAGGGCCCCUUGGUGCCCACCCUGCCCUUCCCGCUCCGCAAGCCCCGCAAGGCCCACAAGUACCUGCGGCUCUCACGCAAGAAGUUCCCGCCCCGCGGGCCCAACCUGGAGAGUCACAGCCAUCGACGGGAGCUCUUCCUGCAGGAGUCACCGGCCCCGGACGUCCUGCAGGCGGCCAGCGAGUGGGAGCCUGCUGAGCAGCCCCCCGAAGAGGAGGCAGAUGCAGAUCUGGCCGAGGGGCCCCCUUCCUGGACACCCACGCUCCCCUCAAGUGAAGUGACAGUGACCGAUAUCACCGCCAACUCCAUCACCGUCACCUUCCGAGAGGCUCAGGCAGCUGAGGGCUUCUUCCGAGACCGCGGCGGGAAGUUCUGAGUCACCGUUUUUACUCUUCUUAAUUUCUUCUCCUUCGGGCUUGGGGUGGGGACUUCCAGAUACAGGGAGGGGUUGGGGCGGGGUAAUUAUUUUAUUUAAAAAAACAUUGAACAGGAGAAGCGGGUCUGAACCCAACACUCUCCCACCCCCCCGCCCCCACCCUUCUCUGUGCCCGCGUUUACAGAGAGGCCUUGGGUCCGGGCCUGGGGAGGCCAGGCGCUGCUCUGUCACUUGGGGUGUCAUCUCCAGGGCAGGAUGGGACAGGGCCAGCUUCCUCGGGACACCUCUGCCACCGCUCUUCUUUAAACAGCAGCAGCCCCAGCAGCUGGCCCCGGGGCCAGAGGAGGAGGGAAGGCCCGAGCCCUCCCCUGGGGCUGCCCACCCCAGCCUUUCUGCUUCUUCCCCCUUUUCCUUUUUUUUUUUUUUUUUUUUUUUUUUUCGGUGUGUGUGUGUGGUGGGGGGGUGUCUUUAUUUUGAACUUUCCACGCCAGCUUUGUGGGACGCUACGGAGGCUACAAAGGCUGGCUUUGACCAAGAGUGUCUGGGCCCGAGAGCUCAGGGGCCGGGAAGGGUUGGAGAUGGCUGGGCUUGUCCCAUCCCUUCCCCCAGGGGCAGCUGCCAGCCCAGCCCCUGCCACUGACAGGCCCCCCUCCCAACCCCGUUCCCCGGCCUGUGAAAACCGCUCGCUUGCACACCCAGCCACACAGGUGUGUGCACACUGCCCCUCGUGCCCCUGGGACUGCAUGUGCGUGUCCACAGAUGUGUGCAGUGGGUCUUGCAAACCUCCUGUUUAGAACCCUGACCAGGUGAAUGGGGGGUGAUUCCCAGCACAAAAGAGCUUGCUGUGGGCACCCCCCCCCUCACCUCACCUCGCCCCGGCGCUUCACCUGACGAGACCCAUCCAGCUCAGUGUGCUUGCUGUGCUCAGUGGAGGGCAAGGGUCUGACGGGCAGGGGAGGGUGGCAGCUUGGGGAGGUCAGGGAGCGGAGCGGGGGAGGUGGCGAGAUGGUCUCCGAUGCUCCAGGCGUGCAGAUGCAGUCUCGUGGUCUCACCUGGCCGGCCGCAGGUGUGCAGGUGUCUGUGCAGGUGCGCCGUGCACCCGCUGGAGCCCCAGGGGCUCCUGUUCUCUCUGACUCAGGUGACUUUCCAGCCCUUCCCUCUCCCCUCUUUUUUUGCUCUCCCCUCCGACUCAGCCAAGCCAGACUUGGGUGUGGGUGGUCAGCGAGGGAGGGAGCAUCCCACCACCUUCUCAGGGCAGCCCUUGACCUCCGGACACCCUUCCUCCUUCCACUCUGUGUCUCCUCCCCGUCCACCCGCAAUGCUGCAGCUGGGGCUAACCUUGCUCUCUUGUGGGGGCACCUCUGCCAUGUCUUCCUGUGGUCGGGCCGCAGCGGAUGGUGGUUCAGGCUACACACAAGCCCCACACCCCGGCUGGGGGCUGUGUCUGCCGGGAGGGGGUGCUCCAUUUCUAGUUUGCACAGAGGUAGUUGCUCCCCUGGCAGUGAGGAGGGACUUCUCUCCCCUGUCAGUCCCUAUAGGGGUGAAAAAGCCAGAUUGGGGUGGGCACCAGGGGAGCAAGUGAAAGCCUGGCUCCCUCCCCGCUCCGCGUUGUCCCCUCCCCCAGGGCUGUGCCACAUUCUGCUUUGUCCGGAGGAAGUCAGCAGAAUCUUUCUGAGGCUCGGAUAGGGCAGUGUUCCCCUAGACCCCUUCUUCCCAAGUUCCCGAACCAAAGACAGCCUGCACCCAAUUUUUAUUUGGGCGGCCUGCUGGCAAGAUCCCAGAACCCUGAGCCUCUGUCUCCUCCUCCUCCUCAAUCCUCUGUUGUCCAGGGUCAAUUCAGUGCUUCCAUUGGGGGAUCGCGCCCUCCCCCUGACUCACCCCCGGCUUAGGGGGUUGAGUCUAGAGGAGUAUGUGGCGGGUGACCAGGGGACAGGAUGGCAUCCUGGGUUGGAGGCUGUCCCAGUUCAGGGGCCCCCAGCAGAGGCGGGGGGGGGGCAGGGACUCUGGCCUUGGGACUGGCAGCUUCCAGUAGAUGUCACAGUCCCCACCCCCCAGGGGACAUGGGCCUCCUCCUGCCUCACUUGGAGGAGCUGUUCAUGCAGUUUGCAGGUUUGGGGGAGGGGGCGGCCCUUGUGUGGGGUGAGGCCCCGCUGGAGCAGAGCACUGCUUGCCUCUCUCAGCCCUUCAUGGCCUCUGGGAGGGCUGAGCCCUGGGAGCAGAGGCGGCCUGGGGGCCGGGCUGCAGGGGGUUAGGACCCUCCCACCCAGGACCCAGAACCGAGACCUCUAUGAGGGGUUGGGAGCAGCCUUGAAGGCCUCCUCCAGCCCCGAGCAUCCCAGCGGGGCUAGGGUGAGGGGGCAAGGUGGGCAUGACCUGCCUCCCCACUCUCCUGCCACCCUAGAAGGCCAGUACUCACGGGGGGGGGGUUCGAAAAAGCUGGACCACCUGUCUUUCCUUCCCGCAGCCCCCCUCCUGCUUUGAAUGUAGAGAGACCGGUUGGUACUUUUCUUUUGCUGGGGGGUGGGGCCAGGAGAAUGUUCUCCGCCCCUGGCACAGCCGCUUGUAAUGCUGCCCCUCGAGGACCGGGCCCCUCGAGGACCACCCGCCGCUCCUAGGAUGGUGGCCCCAGGGCCAGCCUCCUUCUCCACUCCCGGCCUGGGGGAAGGCGCUUCGCUUGGUUUAGCUUUUGCUUCAUAACCGGCCAGCCUGGCCUCCAGGUCUCAGCACAAGAACGCUGCCUUUGCACAGAAUGAGCAUCAAGCUUUGUUCUGACUACAUGAAUGUAUUCGGGAGGGUUGGGGGCGCGAGUCGGUUCAAGCACAUGCCUUUGCUGAGUGCGCGUGUGCAGGGAGAGCUAGAGCGGAUGCAGAGUGUGGGUUUAUUUUUGUACUGAUAUUGGUAAGAGACUGUACAGCAUCUAUUUAUUUAGAUGAUUUAUCUGGUAAACGAGGCAAAAAAUUAUUAAAAAUACAUUAAAGAUGAUUUUAAAAAAAC